AGAAUCUAGGAAAUGAGGAAGAUCGGAAGCUGCGAUUCACACGGGCAAUAGCUGGAUCUUCACUGUCGACACACUCAGAUAGAUGAUGGCAUCACCGUAAUAAUGGGAAAUUCUGAGGGGUAUUUUUAUUCACGUCGAUGUAUAUAAUCGGAUGCAGUGCUGAGGCUUGUAGCAAACCAAACCAAGAGAGAGUGAGCGACUGAAAUGAUGACGACGACUGGCAAAGCUUUCUCCUUCAAAGCCCUUCUCUUGUACAUCUCUCGGAUUCUCCUUAGAAGAUUAAGGAAUCCACGCUCCUUAUGGAGAAAGGGCAGCAAUGCUCAACUUUUCGGUCAACCCAGAUUUCAAAAGUUUCAUUCUUUUGCCCACAGAUCAGAGAUUUCAGACCAAACUCUGAUCUUUGAUGUCGAGGGAGCAUUGCUGAGACCCUCUUCUUUGUUUCCUUAUUUCAUGCUUGUUGCCUUUGAAGCUGGAAGUCUUCUGAGGUCUCUUGUUCUCCUUCUUCUCUACCCUUUUGUUUGUAUGGCAAGUGAGGAGAUGGGGCUGAAGAUAAUGGUGUUCGUCUGUUUCUUUGGGAUUAAAAAGGAGAGCUUUAGAGUUGGGGCGGCCGUGUUGCCAAAGUUUUUCUUAGAGGAUGUUGGGGUGGAAGGUUUCGAGACGUUGAGGAAGUUCAGAAGAAAUGUGGGUGUGAGUGCUUUGCCCAAAGUGAUGGUGGAGGGAUUUCUGAGAGAUUAUUUGGGCGUCGAAUCUGUCGUGGGGAGAGAGCUGAAGGUGUUUCGUGGAUACUUCGUCGGUCUAAUGGAGGACAAGGAGAAAACCAGACACGUCUUGCAGAAGGUCUUUGGAGAAGACACACUGAGUAGUCGUGAUAUUGUCGGAAUUGGUGGCUUCAAUAAAUCUCUCGAUCACCAGGUGUUUUCCUACUGCAAGGAGAUUUACUUGGUGAGUGAAGCAGAGAAGAGGAACUGGAGUCAGCUGCAAAGGGAAAACUACCUCAAACCGCUCAUCUUUCACGAUGGAAGGCUGGCUUUUAGACCAACACCACUCGCCACUCUGUUCGUAUUUAUGUGGAUUCCACUGGGUUUUACCAUUGCCAUCAUCAGAGCCAUUGUCGCUUUGUUAUUACCCUACAAGAUCUCUACCCCUAUUCUUGUCUUCACUGGGAUGAGGCUCAAGCAGACGAUACCAAAAUCUUCUCCUUCAAUGUCAAGAACCAACAAAGAUAGAGCAAAAGGGAUUCUGUACGUAUGUAACCACAGAACACUCCUAGACCCACUCUACCUUUCUACCGUCAUCAACAAACCCCUCACUGCAGUCACGUACAGCCUCAGUAGGGUCUCGGAGAUCUUGGCACCCAUCAAAACAGUCCGAUUGACAAGAGAUAGAGAGCAAGAUGCAGAGAUGAUGGAGAAGCUCUUGAGCCAAGGUGACCUUGUUGUGUGCCCAGAAGGAACCACCUGUAGGGAGCCCUAUCUGCUGAGGUUCAGUCCAUUGUUUGCAGAGAUGAGCAACAACAUAGUGCCAGUAGCCAUGGACACCCAUGUUAGCAUGUUUUAUGGUACAACGGCAGGUGGGCUCAAAUGCUUGGACCCACUUUUCUUCCUCAUGAACCCAUUUCCUGCUUACAAGGUCCGGUUGCUAGAAGAGAUACGUGGGUCGUCCAAGCUCCAUGACAGUGCUCAGUCGAGGUUUGAUGUUGCCAAUAAUGUACAGGAGGAGAUCGGUAGGGUAUUGGGUUUCGAGUGCACUACACUUACAAGAAAGGACAAGUAUUUGAUCUUGGCAGGUAACGAGGGGAUUGUUAGAACUGAUAACAAACCCCAAAAUCAGAGAGGAACAUGUAACAAUUGAUGAACUCGAAUCCUUAGGUGAUCACUGUGGAAUUUAUAUAUGGGCCACGUUGUCACUUAAUUUCCCAUCUAUAUAUUUAUAUAACUUUUUAAUUAAACUAACUAGACAACUUUAAUUUGUACGAGUUCAUGAAUUUCAGUGAUAUAAUAUAGUGGCCUUAUAGUGCAUCAGUUUGCUUUUAACUAGGCAAGUUCUCUCUUUUUUUUUUUUUGCCUAGCUUUUACCUUUUCUUUUAAUUAUUUUUUCUCAAUUAUUUUUAAGUACUGUUUAUUAUUAUUACUACACAUUUUAUAGUUAUUACUGGCUAGUUGUAAUAUAAUUAUUACUACACAUUUUGUUUGUAGUUUAUCUGGGUUGUAUGUGUAUGCAUCAAAUUUGUACCAGAUCAUGAAUUUCAGUGAAACAGUGACCUGCAGUUUGGUUUUGACUUGUGCAAGGACUACUUCCUCUCCAAAUAUCAACAUGAACUCACUUUAUGGCCA